UGGUUUUUUUUCAACUAUCUUAAUUGAUCUCUGCGCUACAAGACAAUUUUGUUCCUGGACUUCUGAUUGGUUCUUCAUUGCAUGUGACAAGGAGGCGGCACAGACGCGUCAUCAGACUGCAGCCAUGAACCAGGAGAGCAGCUUCAGAGCCCCCCCCAAGAGACGCGCAAGGGGCUCCAACCCAAAUGUGUCGACCCCCCACCAGCUGUUUGAUGACACAAGCGGAGGGCCUGUUCCUCAUGGAGGAGAGUAUCCCAACCAUUCAUCCCCAGCUUUGGGUAUCCCGGCACAAGCCUUUUUGUCAGAACCCAUGUCCAACUUUGCUAUGGCCUAUGGCAGCAGCUUGGCCAGUCAGGGAAAGGAAAUGAUGGACAAGAAUAUCGACCGGAUUAUCCCAGUGAGCAAAAUUAAAUAUUAUUUUGCGGUUGACACAGUUUACGUUGGUAAGAAGAUUGGGCUGCUUAUGUUUCCUUACAUGCACCAGGAUUGGGAAGUGAGAUACCAACAGGACACCCCUGUGGCUCCAAGAUUUGACAUCAAUGCUCCUGAUCUUUACAUUCCAGUCAUGGCUUUUGUCACAUAUAUUCUGGUGGCUGGCUUGGCACUGGGGACACAGAGCAGAUUCUCACCAGAGAUCCUGGGCAUGCAGGCCAGUUCAGCCCUUGCUUGGCUUAUUGUAGAGGUGCUUGCAAUCCUCCUCAGCCUUUACCUAGUGACUGUAAAUACAGAUCUUACCACAGUGGAUCUUGUUGCUUUCACCGGAUAUAAAUAUGUGGGGAUGAUUUCAGGUGUUAUUUCUGGCCUUCUAUUUGGGAAAACCGGAUACUACAUAGUACUCGCCUGGUGCUGUAUCUCUAUCGUUUUUUUCAUGAUCCGCACCCUUCGUUUGAAGAUCCUCUCUGAGGCUGCAGCUGAAGGUGUUUUGGUUCGUGGAGCCAGGAACCAGCUGCGUAUGUACCUUACAAUGGCUAUUGCUGCUGUGCAGCCCAUCUUCAUGUACUGGCUGACCUAUCACUUAGUGAGAUGAUGCCUUACCUGCCUGGUGUGCCCAGAAGAGGGGGUACCUACCCACACACCGGCAUGGAUCAAUAUGGCCCUUGUCACCCAGGUCCUGCUAUGAUGUUGUUUAUCAUUAUAUAUGUUUUACAUUGAGAGCCGCAGAUCCUGUACCAUUUGUCUACAAGGAUUAGAUCCUUCUUCAGAAACAACAUUGACUGGUACCUUAUCAGUCCACCACUGCAAGGACGUCCACGCCCCGUUAUUAGUUCUAUCACUCCCAACAGCAUAUGAAAUGACUGCAAUUAUCCCCAUUGAACAAGCAUCGCUCCUCCUUUUUUAAUACUCCGGUAAAUAAAACAACAAUCAUCUUGAAUUAACAAGCCCUCAAGGUUGAAAUAUGGGUAUUGUUUUCACACACUAAGGGGCAGAUUUGUCAAGGCUCAAAGUUCGAAUUCAUGGAAGUUUAGUGAAAAAAUGUAUUUUUUUUUAAAAAAAAAAAAACGAAUUAAUUUAUUUAAAAAAAAAAAACAACGAAUUUUCUAAACACUGGUGAAAAGGAUCGACCAAAACCUUGAAUCGAAUAUGAAUAGAGUUUUAAAGGAGAAUUCAAGCAUUUUCCAAAAAAAACCUUACCCCCCCCACCCCACUUAGACCCCUCCCCCCCAGCCUAGCUGCCCCCCUGGUUAAUGCCCCUAACUUUAUACUUAGCCCCUUGGUGCAGAUUCAGGCAUCAGAAUUCCACGCAGCCAUCUUCCAUGUCUUCUUCCGGCACUUCAGCAAUUUCCGUCCAUUUCAGCGCAUGCGCAGUUGUCACAAACCGGUGAAUUGCUGCGACUGCGCCUGCGACACUUCGCCGGUCUCCGACUCAGCUUACCGAAGACCAGGCAGAUGGCUGCAUGGAACUCCGAUGCCUGAAUCUGCACCGAGGGGUAAGUAUAAAGUUAGGGGCAUUUCCCGGGGCGCAGUUGGGCAGGGAGGGAGGGUGGUCUACGUGAGGUGGGAGGUAGGGGUUUUCUUUUUUGAACACAGUUGAAUUCACCUUUAAAAACUUGAUUCGAGUUUUUUUCUCUGAAAAAAAAACUUCAAAUGUCAGGAAAGCUGCUGCAGAAAACUCCAAAUUGAUCCCUGGACCCUCUCCCAUUGACUUAUACAGUAAUUUGGCAGGUAUUAGGUGGCGAAUAGUCGAAAAUAAACAACUCCCAUGUUGAAUUUGACCGUUUUGGCCAUAAAACAAACUCGAAAAUUUGAAUUUGAAAUUCAACCCUUGGUAAAUCUGCCUGUAAAAGAACGAUAUCUCCACGUAUUGACGUAAUGGAGAAAACAACAUAUUUGUUGUUUGUGGUUAGACCUUUGAAAUGGACAGUCACACAUUUAGCUUGUACAUGUCAGGCCUACGUCCGACUCCUUCUCUUCAGGCACCUGUACACUCUGCUUGUCUAGCUUUUUAUUUAUUUCAACUAAUAUCGGAAAAGAAAUGGGGAAAAUCUGUGAUAUUCAAAAACGGAUGGAUAUCUCAUUGCUUUACUGUUAAAGUGAGCAGUUAGUUUUUAGCCAUUGCAGUUCCUGUUCUAAGUAAGUAAGAUGAUUUGUUUUAUCUCAUUUCUUAGCAGACCUAUUGCGUAUCUUCAGCAUAUAAAAACUCACUGAGCCAAUCCAGUGCUGUCCUCCAUAUUAGUCUGCAAUUUGUACCCAUUCUCCUGCAUCUGGACUUGAAUAGACGGAGCCCAUGUCCAUAAAAGACGUUCUUCUUUUUUGGGGAAUGUACUAUCCUUGAGUGUUUUCAGCUUAAUAUAGUGUAUAUGAGGCUGUGGGUGGGUUUCUUCGCCUGACUUUUCUAAUAUAUUUGGUUUUAGCAAAAACUCUGCUGAAAUGUAUUUAGUAUUUAUGAGCAUUAUAGUGAAGGUGCGGGCCGGGCAGGUUCAGGCCGACCUCACAGGGCAGAGCUCUUCUUCCUGCUCUCCCCAACUGCCACCUUACACUGCCGACUUCUGGCUUCUUCUUUUAUACAUAUGCGCCUGCUCGCCCGACCGUUUUGUGACUUCAUCGGUGGGGCGGGUCUAUAAAAGGAAGGCGGGCGCAGCUGGAGGGAGGGCGGUUGCAAGUUGGGUAAAGCCUGACCUGCUCAUUACUACAGCAUUAUCAUCGCUACAAGACAGAGAAACUGCAUCUUAAAGAUUUGGGGAAUUAAAUAUAACCUCCUAUGAUGCCUGUUUUGAAAAUUCCAAUAUUUUGGCCUUAAUAUUUUUUUUUUCGUUUAAAAAAAUUCUUGUAAGGUAGGUUUAGAUAUGCAUGAUGUUUCUUACAUUUUGUGUUCAAAUAUUCUGUAUCAUGUCUCCGCUUUAAAUUAAAAAGUUUUGUCUUGAUA